AUGUCAGUAAAAGAGGAUGUUUGUGCUGUUUGCUACGGGGCAAGAUCCAGUCGAAAGGAUCAGAUUAUAUACUGUGACGGCGAUGGAUGUGAUAUACCUGUACAUCAGAGUUGCUAUGGUGUCGAAGUGAUUCCAGAAGGAGAUUGGUUCUGCCAAAGAUGUGAAGAUGGUAUACCUGUCGACAAAACAAGAAUCAUCUGCUGCUCUUCUCAAGAGGGUGCUUUGAAACGAACUAUUUUCAGAAAUUCAUAUAUGCAUGUAGUUUGCGCCAUGUGGAACAAAGAGAUUCCACGCAAAGUCGAACCCUACACUUUUAAUUUAUCCAAGACCAAUACUCAUAGCAUGGAUGUGAUAACUGGUAUUAUCCAUCUCAACGGAAUACUAGAGACUAAACCCGUUGCAUUUUGCAAAGAUCACCGCAAAGUACUGGUCAUAGAAGACAUUAGUGAUGAUGAAAACGCAUUACAAAAUUUUAUCGAUAAUAGCAGCGCAUCGAUUAAAAUGGAAGACUUCAAGAACCCAGCAGGCACAUCUCGACCCAGAGAAGGCUCAUCCGAAACUUCUCAAAAUAAGCGCCUACGAGGCAUAAGUGAAUCAAAAAAUGGAAAUGGCAAUUCGGGGACAUUCUAUUCUCCCAGUUCACCAAGCUCACCCAGCUCAUCCAAUUUAUCCAGUCCAUAUAGUCCAUCGAGUGAAAUUAGUCACAGGGCUCGUGAAAGUUCAGAAAUGCCUUUGUUCGAAACCUUACCAGCUGCAAUCCCGCUAAACAAAUUUCAUGGAAAACACUCACUGGCGUCUAUAAAACACAAAAGUCAGAAGCAUGGUGGAGUAUUAUCAAAUGUAAGCCAAACGGAAUCGAGUAGGGCAAAUGCAGCUGGACCACCGCACAUUAUAGUAACAAUACCAAAGCCUAAGCAAUCAAAAGGCAAACAGCGUGAAACUACUACACACAAUAGAAAGACUGCCACUUCUACAGUUUCUACAUCUGCACCUGCAUUUGCACCAAAUAGUAAUCAUACUCACAAUAAUAAUGUACCUGUUCCAUCUGAACCUGUCACCACUACCAUCACCAAUUCUUCUUCUUCUUCGAUUGACCCAGAAAAGAGACACAAAGUACCACCAUAUCUUCCAUCUACGGAUCAGACUAAGGCCACAAAACACUCGGAACCUACUCUAGACCCACAACAUACUAAGCAACACACAACCGAGGAGUACAGGAGACUUGUGAGUCAACUCAAGGCAGCUCGUCAAGAAGUCUAUAACUUGCGAAAAUUCCGAAAGACUACUGCACAGGUUUUUUCCAAACUAAAUGUCCCUCCGGCUGGUGGAGUCUCGCCUUCUGAAGACACAAUUGAACGCUAUAUGACUGAACUGAAUGGUGUUUUGGAACGCACAAGAGGUGUGACUGACUAUGAACGCGCGAAACUUGAACACCAAGUGGAUAUGAUGCUGACAAGGCAUUGA